AUGCAAGAUAACAUAAAAAUUGGAUACCCAUACUUAGAAGUUAAAGGUGUAAAGUUCUCAACGAGGAUUCAUUUUCACAAAAUACGAAAGGACUACGUAGGCACUUUAUUAUAUUUGAUGGUAUUUGAUACUAAAGAUCCACAAGUCGCCUUAGAGAUUCAAAAAGAAGAACUUCAGUGGAAUUAUGAUUUAAAGAUGAAAGGCGAUCAUUUGGUUCGGAUGCGAUUAUUUGGCGAUGAAAUUGUCAAUCAUGAAAUUUUUGAAGGUUCCAUCAAUUCUCUUCCAUAUUUUAUUAUUGGAUCUAUCGCUAUGGUUUUGUUUAUUUUUGCUACAGUUUCUCAAUACAGUCAACAUCUCAAUGAUACUAAUAUCAAUGAUUUUUCUGGAACGGCAAAUGAAUACUGGUCUAAAUUAAAGAAAUAUCUCCGAAAAUCAGCCACUUCUAUGCUAGGGCAUACUACUAGGAAGUGCGCUAAUUGGGUAUCGGAAGCAACUGUCCAAUUGUCUGAAAAAGCUGCCAAAGCAUAA